AUGUCACAUAUCUCUCAGCAUACUGCUGUCUCCCGCUCAUCGUCGUCAAAUCAUGUUGGGCCCAUGGCAGUCAAUAUGUUUGCGAACUCUAAUCAAACUGUAUGGCCUGCUGCCGGUGCACCUACUCCAAUGAAUUCUGGUUAUAUGGUUGGGGGAUACGAUACACCCAGUGGAUAUGAUGUGAGUAGCGCCGUGCCCACUCAGACACCGUGCUCUAUUCCACAGUUGAUGGGUGCUGAAGUUCAAAUUAUGGAUUCUCAGUCUGUGAAUCCGGGAGACCUUCAUCCUGCAGAAAUGGGAGAUAUGAACUCUCCACCAAUGGUGAACUAUCGUAACAAUGGUGUUCUGUUCAAACCGGAAAGUGUAGAUUACUCGUACGAAAGUGCUCAAAUGUACCAACAAGUCCUAACACAGCCUGUUUACCCAUCUCAGCAUGAACCACCAGUUGUCAGAACUGCGGCUGGUGGCGAGUGUGACGGUUUAAUCAAAUUUGAAGAGCCCAGCGAUUAUGAGCAACCUUUUGAUGGUGCGGAUGCUGAAGCUUACGGUAAUUAUGAUAUGGUGCAGAAUAUGGCAGUGGCCCAACACGUGCAUACGGUAGCUGCUGUAGAG